AUGCAUGUCAGCUUGGAUCCUCUGGCCGGCCUAGUUGCAUGCGCCGUCGGUGUACUCGUUACCCUUCCUAGCCUUCCUCUUUCCAAGCGAUACAUAAUCAAGAGCAUUGACCGCGUUGUCUCCCCGAUGAUCCCCUUACCAACCACUGUCAUGCACAUGAACCCAAACCAGUUAACGCCUGACAAAAUAUCCGAACAAACUGCUUAUGUAGUAGAGGUUGAUGCCGUGCAGAUGUAUCCUAAUUACCCCUGGAUGGGCAAGAUUGAGAUGACCCUGGCAUGGAAUGUAACGUCAUGCCCUCAAGGGCCAGAGUAA